AUGGCCAGUGCUUUGCUGUAUUAUUUUCUGAUCCUGAUUUUCGGCAUUCCCAUGCACGAAUGCACGGCGGUACUCCGAGAUGGCAAGUGUGUCAUCGAGGAUCCCUGUUUUGACCUGAGCAUGAUGGCUAAGUUAGCCAAGCAUGUCAGCAAAGAUGUGACACCUGAGGAUGGUGAGAAGAUACUCCUGAGGCACAACUCCUUUGACAAAAUUCGGAAAAAGAAAAAUCUUCAUAGCUGUGUCCUGCAGAAAAUCAUUGACCUAUUUCAAGAUGUUCUCGAUAAGACGAAUGGGACCUAUGUACAAGAAAAUGGAGAAAUAAACCACCACAUUGAGCUUGUACACAUUAUGGAACAGCUCAGAAACUGUGUUUAUAAGAAAAAAGAUAGAUGUAAAAAGCUAUAUAGGAUGUCUGACAUAACCACAACUUCCUCUCCAGUGAUUUUGGAGAAAAAAAUGAACCCAAAUCAGCUUGCGGUUUUACAGCUGCAAAAACUGAAGUCUGCCAGUGAGAGGGUCAGCGAUGUGCAUAUCCAGGAGAAGGUCAUGGACGAGCUGAAAACCCUCCAUCUCUACAUGCAGGGAAAAGGCUUCCGGAAAAAUACGAACGACUAAAGAGAAGCAUGAUGUUUUAUGAAUUCUGGCCAGCAAUGUGUUAUGUCACAUCUCUGUCUGAUCACUUUAAGAUGUGUCAGUUUAAGCAGGGACAGAAUACCAAGCUAUCUCUUAUAAAUGAGACCAAACUUAU